GGACUAUACAUCACCUUUACGCACAACCCGAUGUAGCCGUUUUUAACAUCAUCGUAGAGAAUCUGGAAAUGGAAUCGGUAUAUUUGGAUGAAAAUGAAUCCAGUGCGCAAACUGCACUGAUCACGAUCUGAACACUAAAGAACUUUUUCUGGCAUUGUUUAGGAUUUGUUCUUAUACUUAAAGACUGGUUUGAACACAGGAAAGCAAAAUGAGCAACAUCUAUGAGUCAGCAGCCACCACACUGGGCCUCUUCAACAGCCCAUGUCUAACAAAAGUGGAGCUCCGUGUGGCCUGCAAAGGAAUAUCUGACAGGGAUGCUCUGUCCAAGCCUGAUCCCUGCGUAGUCCUCAAGAUGCAGUCCCAUGGACAGUGGUUUGAGGUGGACCGGACAGAGGUGAUUCGCAGCAGCAUCAGUCCUGUCUUCUCCAAAGUCUUCACUGUGGACUACUAUUUUGAAGAAGUGCAGCGGCUCCGUUUUGAGCUGCAUGACAUCAGCAGCAACCAUAAUGGACUCAAAGAGGCUGACUUUCUGGGUGCCAUGGAGUGCACGCUCGGACAGAUUAUAUCACAGAGAAAACUCUCCAAAGCUUUACUAAAGCAAGGAAACACAGCCGGAAAAUCAUCUAUUACAGUCACAGCGGAAGAGCUGUCUGGGAAUGAUGACUAUGUGGAGUUAGCCUUCAGUGCCAAGAAACUGGAUGACAAGGACUUUUUUAGCAAGUCAGAUCCAUUUCUGGAAAUCUUCAGAGUGAAUGACGAUGGCACAGCAUCACUGGUGCACAGAACAGAGACCAUAAUGAACAACCUUAAUCCUGUCUGGAAAUCAUUUAAAGUUUCUUUAAACACACUCUGCAGUGGAGACCAAGAGCGAGAGCUAAGGUGUACAGUAUGGGACUGGGAUUCUAAUGGCAAACAUGACUUUAUUGGAGAAUUUCAAACCACCUUCAAAGAGAUGAAGUCAGCCAUGGAUGGGAAGCUGAUACAGUGGGAGUGCAUCAAUCCUAAGUACCAAGUGAAGAAGAAGAACUACAGAAAUUCUGGGAUGGUGAUUCUUACCUUGUGCAAGAUUAUUAAAAUGCACUCUUUUCUGGAUUACAUCAUGGGAGGUUGUCAAAUUCAGUUCACAGUGGCGAUUGAUUUCACUGCUUCAAAUGGUGACCCUCGAAACAGCUGCUCCCUCCACUACAUCCACCCUUACCAGCCCAACGAGUACCUCAAAGCCCUGAUUGCUGUUGGCGAGAUCUGCCAGGACUAUGACAGUGACAAAAUGUUUCCUGCCUUUGGCUUUGGAGCCCAAAUUCCACCAGACUUCAAAGUUUCACAUGAUUUUGCUGUGAAUUUUGAUGAGGACAACCCAGAAUGUGCUGGUAUUCAAGGUGUGGUGGAGGCUUAUCAGAACUGCCUGCCGAAAAUCCAGUUAUACGGCCCCACUAAUAUUGCCCCCAUCAUCCAGAAAGUUGCCAACUCUGCCUCUGAGGAGAUGCAUACCAAAGAGGCCAUGGAGUACUUUAUUCUGCUAAUCCUGACGGAUGGAGUGAUCACAGAUAUGGCAGACACGCGAGAGGCCAUCGUCCACGCCUCACACCUGCCCAUGUCUGUCAUCAUCGUUGGCGUGGGCAACGCGGAUUUCAGCGACAUGCAGAUGCUGGAUGGUGAUGAUGGAAUUUUGCGAUCGCCUAAAGGAGAACCAGUCCUGAGGGACAUCGUUCAGUUUGUGCCCUUCCACAACUUCAAACAUGCCUCUCCUGCAGCGUUGGCUAAAAGUGUUCUGGCCGAGGUCCCCAAUCAAGUCGUGGAUUACUACAAUGGAAAAGGCAUCAAGCCAAAAUGCCUAUCGGACUAUGAGUCUUCCAGAGCAUUCAGUCCCUGAGCUUCACACAGCCAUAGAGCUGCUUCAAGAGACACAGUUUUCUACGGUCUACUAAAGCUGAAAGACAACUUCAUUGAUCAUUUCAGAGCUUGCAGCAACACUGUCAAUAUUGACAAGCAGGUCCAUCCUUGUGUUUUUAGAUAUUUAUCACUCAAGGUUUCAUCUAUAGGUUUUCCUUAGCAGAUAUUUUUCUUCUUAUACAACUAUUUACAUACAGUUGCUCCAAGAAGUAUUUGGAUAUUUUUGGACACAUAGGUCACACAUAUUGGAAUUUCAUUGCAUAGAUACAAUUUUAAACCAAGUGGAGUGAUGUAUAAUAUAUAUUUAUAUGUUAGUACUGUGCCAAAGUUUUAGGCACUUGUGAAAAAUGUUGUGAGGAUGUCUUCAAAAAUAAUACCAUAAAUAAUUUUAAUUUAUCAAUUAAUGUCAUACAAAAUCCAGUAAACAUAAAAUAAGCUAAAUCAUUAUUUGGUGUGACAACCUUUGCCUUCAAAACAGCACAAUUCUCCAGGUACACCUGGACACAGUUUUUCUUGGUUGUUGGCAGAUAGGAUGUUCCAAGCUUCUUGGAGAAUUCACCACAGUUCAUCUACCUAUUUAGGCUGUCUCAGUUGCUUCUGUCUCUGCACGUAAUCCCAGACUGACUCAAUGAUUCUGAGACAAAAUUUUAAGAAAUUGUUUGUGUGUGUGUGUGUGAAAAAUAUACUGUGCCUAAGACUUUUGCACAGUAUUAUGUACAGUAUACACACACACACACACACACACACACAUAUAUAGAUAUAGGUAGUUAAUUUUAAGAGGAGGUAUGAAGUCAGUUCACAAAGGUGUCCUAGCAGAGUAAACACGGGUUUAGUACAUCACUUAGACAUGUUUCACUUAGUUUGACAACCACAAAGUGUCCAAAUACAUUUUAUCAGAAUUUUUAACAGGAUAUC